AUGAUCGCCUAAAAGUAUAUCUUUAUCUCAGCUGUCCUCACCACCUUCCUAGGAACUUCCUUCUCAAUCUCAAUGAAGGCAGACACUAACAGAAGAGUUUUCACUUAAUCUUCAAGCUUAAUUAAGAAAAUACUUGCUUCUCAAAUUAGAUAAGACGACGAUGGCUAAAAUAACAGCACACAAUUUAACUCUACAGGAGAAUAUUACUCUACAGAAGAAAAUAAUUCUACUGGAGAAUAUAACUAUACUGAUGCAUCCGCUGAUAGCUAUAACUACUGCCCUUACGGCAACUACAACUUGACCGAAGAUGAAUAGAGCACAUUCGAUUCUCUUGUUGAAUAUGCUUGGUAAGUUGUGACUUCAUUGUCUGCUGAUUUCGAUAUGGACAAGGAAGAGUUCAGAGCUGCAGGUGAAUAAGGUCUCUAAUAAUUAUGCUACUAAUACCAAUUUGAAUGGUUUGUCAAUCAAACAUAUGAAGAGCUCAAUAGAAUGAGUCAAGGAUAUUAUUAUCAAAACUAUACUCAAGAAGAUGAUAAUCAAACAUACUAUCAAACAUGGGUCCCAUCUGAAUAAGACUUGAAGAAAAUUGAUCAACUAGUUUCCAAAUACGUUGUAGAGUUAGUACUUAUCAAGCAAAAAGAAGUACAGCAAAUUGCUGAAGCUUAUACCAAUUAUACUACCAACCCUGAAGACUUUGAGAGAAACUAUUAAGAGUUAGAAAGAUACGUAAACAGAAUCAUUGCAGAGCUUAAUGGCGACUACAGCUACUCAUACAGUAACAAUUACUAUGCCUAAUCCUAGAAAAACACCACCAAGCCUCAACCUCAUCAUCCAAAGAGAAAAGCAAAGGCUUAACUCACAAACUUCUGGGAUCAUCAUUCACAAGAAUGA